CAGUGCUAAAGUCAGCAGCUGAAGCUUGUGUCAAAACACAGAGGGAAUCAGAAGCAGGCAGCAAAUCUGGGCUACCGCAGAGUAUUUGAAAAAGCCAGUUUCCCCCCCCAAUAACGUUCACAUACCAUGACCGAACAAUCAGCGCUACUUCUUCGAAAACAACUAGCAGAGCUCAACAAGAACCCUGUGGAGGGCUUUUCAGCAGGUCUCAUAGACGACGAUGACAUCUAUAAAUGGGAAGUUGUGAUCAUAGGCCCCCAAGAUACCCUUUUUGAAGGAGGCUUUUUUAAAGCAUAUUUAACCUUUCCCUAUGAUUAUCCUUUACGACCUCCAAAGAUGAAGUUCAUAACUGAAAUCUGGCACCCAAAUGUUGCAAAAAACGGAGACGUGUGUAUCUCGAUCCUACACGAGCCCGGAGAGGAUAAGUUUGGCUACGAGAAGCCAGAGGAGCGCUGGCUGCCGAUCCACACCGUCGAGACAAUCAUGAUCAGCGUUAUCUCCAUGCUGGCCGACCCCAACAGCGACUCACCAGCAAAUGUGGACGCUGCGAAAGAGUGGAGGGAGGACCCCAACGGUGAAUUCAAAAGAAAAGUGGCUCGUUGUGUAAGAAAAAGUCAAGAAAUGGCCUUUGACUAGAGGGACUUUGACUAUUCCAGGUUGAAGGAUAUGCCUCCAGAGGGAAACGUUCAGGCGUCUACGCCCCUUGUUUUGCAAGCCAAAAGGAAUUGGUCGGCUUCAAUCCCUUUCCGUGAAUGGUUGUCAUUUUUCGCAAAGAAGAAGAGCCAAUUUGAGAACACUACCAGCGAAAUUCACUUACUUCCUACCUGGAAUUGUAUAAUCUUAUUUAUUUUGGAAAAAAACUAAUGAUGUAAAAUAUGUCACUACUGUAAAUUAACUUGCUUUUUUUAUCUGCUGCUGAACAGUUUCUACUUUAUACCAGGUUUCUUAUGCAAUUUUAGUGGUCAAAGAAGGAGUCUAACAAUUGAAAACCUGUUACCUUGAUAUCAUCCCCUUGUCCUUUCUACUACGUACAUGUCAGCCCAGCAUAUAUCUUGUCGAUAGAUUCUUAUUUUCAAACAUUCUCAUUCAUUCACUGUUGCCUUUUUGGCUCCACUUCCACGGACUUCUUUUUUUUUUUUUUUCUUCAUAAAGAGUCUACGAAGUUGUCGUGGCACUUACACAGGUCUUUUUAUUUAUUUAUUUAUUGUGUUUUGUUUUUUUUUUUUUUCUGGAGAGAAUAGUCACCUGCAAACAUUAGUUCCAACGUACAUGAUCCCCUUCAAUCUCACUUAGAUCUUGUUGCUAAAUCUUGGUUGUAAAUGAUAAAAAAAUGACUCACUCCGAGAGUCCAUCUUUUAGUUUACAAUAAUUCACUGGGAUCCACUCGUUUGGCCCCUCCCGCAAGUGGCAAAAAAAAAAAAAAAAACGCGGGUAAUUGAGAUGUUGCUGCAUUCAGGCACUAUUGUACAUAACACUAACUUGCUUUGGGGAAACACUAUAGCGAUACAUGGUACAUACACCCUUACUCAUUCAGCAUUAACCAACAGGAGUUCUUCAAGCUACCUCACUCGCUGUAUAUACAAACUAUACUAUUUUAUACUAAUGUAUAAAGAGGCAUGCUGGGAAGCCCACAUACACACACACACAUGCCUUGUGGGUCCCAAAUUAGAAUAAAAUAGUAUUGUUUUGCAUGUUUAUUAGCGUUUAUUUCAAUACCCGCAUAGUCUGUGUACAGACUACAAUUUACAUUGUGUGUUCCACUUUUUUUUUUUAAUUGCACCAUGAGGUAAGCAUUAUGUUUGAACUCCUGUUGGUUGGUGGUGUGUGUGUGUGUGUGUGUGUGUGUGUGUGUGCAGUUUUCACAAAAAAAAUCUAAAUGCUUUGAUCAAAAAACCUGCAAAUUUGGAAUCCACUGUAUUGGCUUUGACACGCAUGACUUAACAUUAAUACUCGGUUUGUGCCAACUACUCAGGAUUAAACUCCAUCAAUGUUGCAAUUAGUAGCCGGUGGGAUAGACUUGUAAUAUUCCUGACUGACUAAACUAUCUUGGUCAAUGAAGACGUAUUUCGACUACCAUUACCAAAAAGUGGUCUGUGAAAAAAAAAAAAAAAAUCCUAAGCUGUGAUUAUUGUGUGCAUGUGUGUGUGUGUGCGAGUGUACUGCUGUGGCAUCCGAAUUUACCUCAGUCUGGUUGUUGUUUGUCUUCAUGCCGGGGAACUGGGCUAGCUGUUAGUAUAUCGCGCAGUCUUUUCGGGGUAAAACAUGUAGAUGCUGAGGACUUUUGAGUAGAUGGAAAAGUAAAACUUUCAAUCAUUAGUACUUUUUGGUGCAUAUUUAGCCAGCAUAUAUCACUUAAGUUCAACAUUUGGGCCGCCAUCCAUUUUCAAGUAACUGAAGCUAAUUACUAUUUGAAAUUGGAUUGCAUUGUGGUGGUAUGCUAACCGUUCCCCCCUCUCGGUAAUUGGCUUAUUCAUCAUUAAGCCUUGCAGACUGACACUGACAAAUAAUGAACCGUCUUCUGGCACAUGCAAUCAGCGUUGAAUGAGUUUGAAUAUGUGAAGGUUAUACCGUUAAUGUCUAUCCUGCGUGAAUGUGCCGUUGUGCUCUCAAGUAGACUUGUGUAGACUCCAUCAUUGCUGUCAACGUUUUAAGUCUCAAUUUUCUAACCUGCCAUGACCUCCCUCCUCUGACCGGUGUUCACUGUAUUUGCACAGAUUCAGUGUGCGUUUUUGAAACGUCAUCAAGCAAUACGCUCUGGAAAAACGGUGUCCAGGUAAUUCACCCUAUAAUGUCAUAACUUUUGUUUUGUUUCCCAUUUUGUGUCAACGCAAUGUAUAUUGGACAUGAUGCUCAAUAAAGCGUGU